AUGCCAGUCCCACCGAGCCACAUCACGGCUCAGAGCCUCAAGAGUGCCAAGGGCGAGGUGCUCAAGAGCUGGAUCAUUGCUGCCAAUGAGGCAGCUGGUGUCACGAACUACAAGAGCAAGACGUACCUGUCCAGGACAGGCACCAUCAACGAGCUGCGAGCGAAGCUGGCCGAACACUACAACAUUGAUCUCGAUGUGCCACCACCUGAUGCUGCGCAGCCCUCGUCAGACCUCACCGAGGGUCCUGAGUCUGCCGUGAACCAGAAGGUUCGCGACAGGCAGUGGGAGCACCUGAUUGAGCUGGCUGAACGAUGGAGGAUCGAAGGUGACAGCUUUCGGCUGAUCAAACCUGUGCCAAUCAGUACCGCUACUGCUCCACCUGCGUCGUCGUUCGCUGCCCUGCCUGUGGUGCAGGCCCCUUCUCACUAUGUGCCUGCACAUCUGCCGACACCUUUUAGCCCCACCACCUGGUUGUCGCUGUCUCCAGCCGCUGCACCGCUGUCGCUGCCUUCGUUGUCGUUGCCCUUGUCUCAUUCAAUCAGGUCUCAAAGCUUCAUCGGCCACUCGCCUGCUCCUACGCCUUCGACCUCGAUGCAGCACCUGCCUCCUACCCCCGCCUCCACAUUUGUGCCCUUGCAGUCAGCCUCAGCAUCCAUUCUGGAGAGUUGCUCUCAGAGUGUUGAGGCGCUUGACCACAUCGAUGACCUUCGGCACGCGAUCGACCUCUCGAAGAAUGGCACUGUGGAGGCCUAUCGCAAGCUCUAUGGCAAUGAAGAGAAGCGCCACAGAGCUCUGAACCACGAGAUCUGGAAGCAGAAGCGGGCCAAAGUCAACCGACUCGAGAGGGUGUACAAAGUGUACACUGAUGAGUUUGGCUCUGACGAUGACCGCUUUUUCGCUUUUUUCACGCUCUCGAGUCCAACCUCACACCAGCGCAGUGCAGCCAAGCGGGCUCGCACGAAUGCCCAGACUGUCUACAUCUCAGUCAACAAGCUUGCGACAGCUGCCGGGCGCUGCUACAAAGACAUCAGCGAGGAGAAGCAGAAGAGACAGUACACGAACGAUGACAGCAGCUUCUCGCUUGAAAAGUGGCAUGCGCAAUGGAGUGACAAGAACACCUGGGAGGUGUGGAGGGUCUUGGGCUUGGAGAGGUACUAG